AUGAACAAACAUUUGACGGUUAUCACGUGGCUACACUUGAUGUUUGUGUCCAGCUGCUUAUGUGCUGUGAGGGAAUAUUUCAUAGCUAGCCAGGAGGUCACGUGGGACUACACACCUGGCGGGAAAAACCUGGCCAAUCCGGACGAUCAAGAGACAGCUGACAAAUACGUCAAGCCAGGACCUAACCGUAUCGGCAGCCGUCUCAGGAAGACUCUGUACUUCCGGUACACGAAUGAGAACUUCACGGAAGAAAUUCCGGCGCCGGAAUACCUAGGCCUGCUCGGACCGGUCAUUUACGGCGAAGUCGGUGACGUCAUCCUGGUCCACUUUUUCAACAACGCUUCCAGAAAUUUCUCCAUUCAUCCGCAUGGUGUGUUCUAUGAAAAGGGAGGCGAAGGUGCUCUCUACCAGGACGGGACCUCCGACCUGCUGAAGGAAGAUGACGGUGUGGUACCAGGGGAGACAAUCCUCCUGGUGUGGAACGUCACGGAGAACGACGCCCCUGGGGAGGGGGAUCCGAACUGCCUCCCCUGGGUGUAUCACUCUCAUGUGGAUUCUGUACAGGAUGUGUCGACAGGGUUGUUCGGAGUGAUUGUUACCUGCAGACAAGGUGUGCUGAAUGAGAAACACGUGCGUCAGGACGUGGACCGUGAGUACCCGCUGGUCGUCAUGAACUGGGACGAGAACCUGAGCUGGCACCUGGAGAACAACCUUGACCUCUUCUGCCCUGACCCUGACCUUUGUCGCCGCGCAAUCGACGAAGGGGACGAAGAAUUUCAAGACAGUAAUUUAAAGAAGUCAAUCAAUGGAAGGUCGUUCGGUACCCUUAAGGGGUUAGAGGCGUGUGUCGGAGACCGUGUCCAGUUCUACGUCAUUGGUUUCGGUAACGAGAUGGACAUCCAUUCUUUACACUUUCAUGGUCAGAAUCUCAAGUUUCAACACAGGAGGGGUGACACAGUAUCGGUGUUCAGUGCCACCUUCGUCUCAGUGGUGACCACAGCACAGACACCAGGCAACUGGCUGGUGACAGAUAUGGUGGACGACAACGGAAAAGAGGGUAUCUCAGCGUUCUACCACAUCAAAACCUGCUCCACCCACGGGGAGGGGGAGUCGUCUGAGAGUCGGGGUGCCACCCGCGAGUUCUUCCUGGCAGUCGAAGAGACGGUCUGGAACUACGCCCCCACAGGUAGAGACGCGAGGACAGGCAUGGGGCUGACCGCACCCAACAGCUUACUAACGAAAAUUCCCGAUUCUCUGACGUCAAAUACGGAGAAUCAAAGGGACACAACUCUCAAAGAUCAUCCGCCAUCUUAUUACAGCUGGUUGUGGAGGGCGUGGUGGCGUGAAUCUAGGACAGCGAAAACGUACUUUGAGAGGAGCAGUUCCCGGCUAGGGGGCGUAUACAAGAAGGCAAAGUUCGUCCAGUACACAAGUUCGUCCUUCAGGACCAAGGUCACCAUACCCCCACAGGAGACCCACCUGGGGGUCAUGGGACCGGUCCUGAGGGUCGAGGUCGGAGACACGCUGGUGGUGACGUUAAAAAACUUGAUUCCGUUUCCGGUGUCGUUGAUGGUGCAUGGAGUUGGUUAUGAGAGCUCUGAGGAAGAUAAGAACGGGCCAGGUGUCCCAGGUGGGUCGGUGGGCAAGAACGAGGUCCACAGGUACAAGUUCAAGGUCCCCGGCAAUCUCCUGGACGACAGACCCGAGCCGUGCGUCAACUUCCUGUACACGUCAGCACACGACCCAGGGCGUGACCACAACACGGGUCUUGUGGGUCAGCUGUUGGUCUGUGCUAAAGGGUUCUUGUCACGGCGAGAGAAACCUCUAGAAUUUUUCCUUCUUUUGGCCACGUUUGAUGAAAACAAAUCCCUGUACAUGUCACCUGACGCUAUGAAGGGAGACUACGGGUUUCAGUUGUCUAACAUAAGAUUUAGCAUCAACGGCUACUCGUACGGCAACAUGCCCACCCUCAACAUGUGCGUCAACGAUGACGUCAUGUGGUACGUCAUGGCCAUGGGCUCCGUCAUUGACGUCCACACGCUGGUCUUUGACGGGAACACGUUCACGGAGAUGGGCACCAACAGGGACGGGCGGUGGUUGGUGCCUGGGUCCACGGCAGUCUUGACCAUGAUGCCAGAUAAUAUAGGCAAAUGGAUGUUCUAUUCUCAAUCCACCUUGGCUCGAGACAACGGCGCCUUCGCCUUUUACAACGUCGUAGACUGCAUAGGUAAAAGAAAGAAACAGGACGACGCGGAAGGCACUUUGAGGGAGUAUUACAUCUCCGCUGACGAAGUUUUAUGGGAAUACGCCCCCCGGUCUACCAGCGUUAUCACAGGGGCCGCCCUCAACGAGACCGAAGCGAGUAUUUUCUACAAGAAUGACGAAAACUUCAUUGGCACGGUCUACAAGAAAGCCGUCUUCACAGAAUACACCAACGCCAAAUUCACGCAUGCAAAACCACGUGACAGUGACCUGCUGGGUCCGGCCAUCAAAGCGGAAGUCGGUGAUACGGUCAAGGUCACGUUUAAAAAUAACGCCAGUCGACCGUACUCGAUGCACAGUCACGGUGUACUCACAAGCCAACAGAACAGCGGCAUGGACUAUGGUCGGGCGACCCGCGUCAAGCCGGGCCAGACGGUCACCUACGAGUGGGGGAUCCCUGAACGGUCAGGUCCCGGCCCCAACGACCCCAACUGUGUCCCCUGGCUGUACUACUCGGCCGUCGAGGCUGUCAGGGACGUGAACUCUGGUCUGGUGGGGGUGAUGGUCGUCUGCAGGCGCGGAACUCUGAACAAGAGGUCUGAGAGGAAGGACGUUGACCAGGAACUCUACAUCUACAUGUCCGUCUCGGACGAGAACCUGAGCUGGUACCUGGAGGACAACAUCAGGAACUUCGCACCUGGGCGGGUGGGGACGGAUUACAGAAACGAUGAAGAGUUCGUAGAGAGCAACAAGAAACACGCCAUCAAUGGACGACUGUCUGGGAACAACCACAACCUCGUUAUCGAAUAUGGGUCAAAGGUCGUUUUCUACAUGGCCGCCAUGGGAGGCGAGACAGACCUGCACACUAUGCACCUGCACGGACACACCUUCGUCCACACCAGUGAGAAACACCGAGAUGACGUCAUCCAGAUUUUCCCCGGCAUGGCCGAGUCGGUAGAGCUGAUCGCAGAUAAUCCGGGCACCUGGCUCAUCCACUGUCACGUGAUGGACCACAUCUUCGCCGGCAUGGAGACGACCUACACCGUCCUUAAACCUGGAGAAAAACUGUCUUCAUCUAUCAAGAAAUGAUAAGUUUGAUUAUCAAUAUUGUCCAGUGUAUAUAAAAUACAUUACUAUAAUGACCAACUCUACAGAGAAAUGACCUCAGUAUUGAAGUAGUGAAAAUAAAAGAAUAACUUUGAGCUAUGUGAUGAACAAGUAACUAAUAACAAAACUUCCAAAUAACAGAUUGUAAUAUAAAACAUGACUGUACAGAAAACAGAUAUUGACAGAUAAUAGAACUUUAAAGAUAACAGUUACAAAUAAUAGAACUUUCGAAAUAACAGUGACAAAUAGCAUGGUACUGAUAAAUAAUUUUAUUACAUAAUUUUACAUGAGAUUUUUUGUCAAAUAAAACAUUGAGUUGUUUGAAUCAUUAUGGUCAGCAAAUCCUGGGACAUUUUUUUUUGUCAAAUAAAAGUUUGAGUUGUUUGAAUCAUUAUGGUCAGCAAAUCCUUGGACGUUGAAAUUUCACUUUUGAAAUAUUUCUCUUGAAUUAUAUCAUUUGUAUUUUUUUAAAUUGUGAGCUUAAAAUAAGUUUAAUUCUACAGUUGAUUAGGAUAGGUGUAAUUUAAAAAAAAAAAAACGAUAGCCGGUUUAGCAAGUUAAACCA